UCGAGACGUUUACAAGUCAAAGGUGGGUCUUAUAUAAGAAUAUUAGCCGCUUUUUACACACACAUGGUCAGUACUUUAACUGAGCUGAAGUUGACUGGUGUUUGCUGUCCCUGCUCUUUAGAUGGCUUGUUUUGACAGCAGUAAGGGGAGUUUGGAGGAGGACAGCUAUGAAGGAGCUGUCGGGGGAGAGCUGUCUGGCUGUGCGCUGGCAAUGCUGGAAAAGGAAAGGGAAUCCCUUCUUAGCCCUUCAGAGAGCCCUGGCACCUUCAUCAGCAGCACCUCCUCCAGUCUUCAGGCCGCUGUCCCUCUUCAGGGCUAUGAUGUGGAGUUUGACCCACCACUAGAGAGUAAAUAUGAGUGCCCUAUCUGCCUUAUGGCUUUGAGGAAUGCCAUUCAAACACCAUGUGGUCAUCGUUUCUGCAAGAACUGCAUUGAGAAGUCUAUUCGUGAUACAGGACAGAGGUGCCCUGUGGAUAAUGAAAGGCUGUCAGCAGACCAGCUGUUUCCUGAUAACUUUGCCAAACGGGAGAUUCUGUCACUAACUGUUCGCUGUCCAAACUCUGGCUGUGUUGAGAAACUGGAGCUCCGACAUUUAGAGAAUCAUUUGGCACAGUGUCAGUUUGCCACUGAGCCUUGCCCACAGUGCCAACAGGCUGUGAGAAAGAGCCACCUAGAGGAGCACACAACUGUUGAGUGCCAAAGGAGACCUGUGGCAUGUUCAGAUUGUGCGGCAUACUUUGUUUAUGAGGAGGGAGAGCUUCAUGAGCAGCAGUGUCCCUUUGCCAGUGUGAAGUGCCAGUACUGUGAGAUGGAUCUCGUCAGAGACCAGAUGGAAUCUCACUGUGAUACAGACUGCCCCAAAGCACCCAUUGCCUGUAACUUUAGCAUAUUUGGAUGUAAGGAAAGGAUGCAGCGCCACAACCUCGCUCAGCACAUGCAGGAGUUCACACAGAUGCAUAUGCGCUACAUGGCUGAGUUCCUGCGUGGCCUUAGCCUCAACGGCACCACACCCAAACCCCUGUGGAAUCUGGGACCGUCUGUUUCCUCUGAGGAUCAAGGAGCUGCAGCGUCAGUAUCAGCCUGUAGUGGGCCCAGAGGAGCUGCAAGCUGCAGCACCAACUGCACCCCAUCAUGUCAGCCUAGUGAGGAGAUGCAAAGGCUUAGGGAGAUGGAUAAGCGAUUAGUACAGCAGGAUCACCAGCUGCGUGAGGUCAUCAUCUUAAAAGAUGCACAGGCUGGCCAACUUGCAGAGCUUAGGCGUAGAGUCUCAAUGCUGGAGGAGACAGUGAAGGAGCUAGAGUCCCAGCAGUGUCACGGCAUCUUCAUCUGGCGUCUCAAAGGUUUCUCUGCCCACCUGAGGAACCAAGAAGCAGGCCUGCCAGUGGUUGAACACAGCCCUGGCUUCUACACAGGCCGUCCAGGCUACAAGCUGUGCCUGCGUCUACACCUUCAGACCCCCAAUGCCCCGCGUUGCUCCAACUACAUCUCCCUCUUUGUCCACACCAUGCAAGGAGCUUUUGAUGGGCAGCUGACCUGGCCGUUCCAGGGCACCAUCCGACUUGCCAUCCUAGAUCAGGGCCCCGAGGGUCAGAACCACACGGAGGUGAUGGAGACUAAACCAGACCUGCAAGCAUUCCAGAAGCCCACCAUCCAGCGCAAUCCCAAAGGAUUUGGCUACGUCACCUUUAUGCACCUGCAGCAGCUGAGUCAAAGAGCCUUUGUUAAAGAUGACACUCUGCUCAUCCGUUGUGAGGUGACCCCACGUUUUGACAAUAUGCUUCACCGUGAGGGACCGUCUGUGCAGCCUAGAGGACCAGAAGCUUCAGUUUCAAGGGACUAAUGUCAAACUCUAUCUAAUCUAUUGAAUCAUCAUCAUGCUGAGAUGUCGGCACAGUACAUCUCCCAGUUUUUAAAGUCUCACCAACUAAUUUUAAUCAAUGGACAUCAGGAGGAGGAAAAUGAAUGUUCAUACACAUUUAAAAUUUGGUCACUGCAAGUAUGUUAGUAUUUAUUUGGUUACCAACUUGUUACCAAAAUGUUAGUGUGUUUUUUAAUAAAUAUAUAUUAAAACGUA